GCUCGAUGCGGAUGUCCGCGUGUGCUUACCCGCCACUACGCUACAAGGGCACAACGUGCGCUUGCGCUUCUUAAACAAAAUGGACAUUGAAUUUGAUGAGAAGUUGUGUGAGGAGGUCCGUCGCUAUCCGCACCUGUACAAUCCGUCUUUAAAACAAUAUAAAGACUUGCAGGCAUGCAAUAAGUCGUGGCGGGAAAUUUCUCAGACUUUGGGAAGAGAAGAGAUUCUGUGUCGGAAUAAAUGGAAAUAUUUAAGAGACAGAUUUGUGAAGGCAAAGAAGAUGCUCAGGGGGCGAAGUAGCGAUGACGGGAACGUUCCUCGCAUGUUCUCACUUUUGAGCUGGCUCUCCGAUUAUGUGAAUCACCGGGUCCGCGACCGGGACCGAAAUCAUGAGUUCCGGCGUUCGACCAGAGUUCUGUUCUCUUCCCCAGGGAACUCUACUCCAUCUCUGCUGCCAGUGACUCCAUCUCCAGCUGCGCCUCCAACAGCAGGGCUACCACCCGUGACCUCCGCCUCAGCCUCCCCCCAGUCGCCCCUCAGCCCGGCCUCCUCAGUGUCCACCGGUGACUCACCGUUCUCCACCACCUCCACGUCCCGGAAGAGGAAAUCCUCGUCCAGCGUCAUGGAGGACGCCCUCCUCCGCCUGCUCCAACAGAACGAUCGCACCAGAGACAGCCAGAGUCAGAGGGAGGAGCAGCGCUUUGGGAUGAUGGUGGCGGACAUGCUGGCCAAGCUUCCAGUUCCUGAGCGCAUGGAGGCGCAGUUUGAAAUCUACCAGCUUCUUUAUCUGAAGCAGAAGAAAGUAUUUGAAAAGAGCCAGUAAUCUGACAAUAAUGUAUUAUUGAAGACUUUUGUAAAUAUUUUUUUGUAAAAAAUAGAUUUACUGCUUUUUAUAUUUUAUUUGAUUCAACGUAUACAUUUGCAUAUUUGCUAGAAGAUUGUCUACUGUUUUAGAAAAAUUGUAAAGAUUAAGAUCAUAUAAUCCACUUAAAAAAAUAAUUGAUUAGACUACUGUGGCCAGAGGCCUUUAAUGAAAACAGUCAGAGCAGUUCAUAUUCAUUAUGUAAAUACCACACCGUCUUCACUGAAAUCUAAAUACAACAAGAAAUGUACUCCGGCCUCCACUGAUACUGCCAUCUGGGAAAUAAAAC